CCGGCCGCUCUUGCUCUGGCUCUUGCGCUUCGCACUGCUCUUGCACGAUCGCUUCCUCCAAACAGACCAUCACCACCACCACCACCACCACCACCACCACCGACCUGCGUCCCAGCAGCCGCACACCUCAUCAUAAUCCUCUCCCUCCGUCUGCGAAGCCCACAACGCCCGUCCAACCCCGCGCGCCCUCUUCGCUAUCACUUUGCGACCAGACUCCCGCCAGCACUCUGGCCGCCCGGCGUCACUACGAUCACCUUGGCCACGCGAGCCACGAUACCUUCCCCGCCAAAGGCCACAACAGCUUCCAUGCGAAGGCAUUAGGCACCGCUUCCGCCGAAAUACACUGUCUGGCCUACUUGGCGAGACUCUUCCGGCCUCCAUAACGACCUCGGAUCGCAUCACACUGCCACUUAUCACCACUCUCGCUGCUCUUAUCUCCUUCGCCGCGCAUCAGGCCACCCAUUCACUCAUUCAUUCACGAGCAAGACCAUCUGCAGAGCUGCGACUGAUUCUCCAUCAUGGGUAAUCAGCCGUCCAAAGAGAAGGAUGGCAAAAGUAGCGGCUCUCAAACCCCCACGGGCUCAGGCCCAGAGCUAGGCUCAUAUCCAUCUUUCAGCAAGUCCGACACAAAGGAGUCAUCGCGCUCGUUUCGGACUGCCUUGCGCACCAAGAUACCCGGCAAGUCAUCCGCUGACAGUCCGCGUGCCAGUACCAGCAACCUCAGUGGUGACAACUCGACGACGAGUCUGGACAAGACGGAUUCGCAGUCAGUCAAGUCAGCUACUAGUGGUAGGUCUGGCAGGCACUCUCGGGGCGCAUCAGGAUCCAUUGCGGACACGUCACGUAGAGGCAGUCUCGCGGGCGAUGAGACCGAGGACCAACCGCCUCCUUCGCCGACCAUGUCUUCGUCGGUCUUGAGUGGACACCACUUUAGCGAGAUUGAGGAGGCGCAACGAAGCGGCGAAGUAGACGCUGUAUCGGAUGCCCCUCCGCAGGGCAAUAUCCACCAGACACUCAACAAGGAGCCCACAGAAUCCAUCCUCAUGAAGAGGCCACAACGAGAAACAAAUGGCCAAGGCGCAGCUGCAGCCCUUGCCAUCGCCGAGGGACCAGAAUCUCGUUCACCUUCUACGUCGGGCGACAUGGCCAUAGGAGCGUUGAAGCCUGCUGACCUCGACGACAUGAUCAAACGUCUCGUGGAUGCUGGUUAUGCUGGCAAAGUCACCAAGACCGUCUGCCUCAAGAACGCCGAGAUCACUGCAAUCUGCAACGCUGCGCGAGAGCUAUUCCUGUCGCAACCUGCGCUUCUGGAGCUAUCUACACCUUGUAAGAUCGUUGGCGACGUGCAUGGUCAAUACACGGAUCUGAUCCGCAUGUUCGAAAUGUGCGGCUUUCCACCCAAUAGCAACUUUCUCUUCCUAGGCGAUUAUGUGGAUCGCGGAAAGCAGAGUCUGGAGACCAUACUGCUACUGUUGUGCUACAAACUACGAUUUCCAGAAAACUUCUUCCUCCUCCGAGGCAAUCAUGAAUGCGCAAAUGUCACGCGGGUCUACGGCUUCUACGACGAAUGCAAGCGAAGGUGCAAUGUGAAGGUGUGGAAGACCUUUGUGGAUACCUUCAACACGCUACCUAUCGCUGCUAUCGUAGCCGGCAAGAUCUUCUGUGUUCAUGGAGGACUUUCGCCAUCGCUUUCUCACAUGGACGAUAUCCGCAACAUCGCCAGGCCAACAGACGUUCCGGACUAUGGGCUCUUGAACGACCUGCUCUGGUCUGAUCCAGCUGAUAUGGAAGCAGAUUGGGAAGCUAACGAGAGAGGUGUCAGUUAUUGCUUUGGCAAAAAGGUUAUCAUGGAAUUUCUGCAGAAGCACGAUUUCGAUCUGGUAUGCAGAGCGCACAUGGUUGUUGAAGAUGGUUAUGAGUUCUUUAACGAGCGCAUCCUGGUCACUGUGUUCUCCGCUCCAAAUUAUUGUGGCGAAUUUGACAACUGGGGAGCCGUGAUGAGCGUCUCAGGCGAACUGCUCUGCUCGUUUGAGCUCCUCAAGCCGCUAGACUCGAGCGCACUGAAGACCCAUAUUAAGAAAGGCCGGGCUAAACGUAACAGCAUGCUGAACAGUCCACCGGCUGCCCAGUUCCCACAAAGCUACUAAGGAUCGUCACCGAGACGAAGGCCAUCAGAAUGGAUAAGGGAAGCAUUAUUGAAAACCAGGAACCCCGGAAUUUUCACAAGACGACAAAAAUGAUUCUCGGCAGUCAGAGGGAAGGAAGUCUCACUGCAGUUGAGCAAAGUAACAGACGAUGGCAGCACAUCGCAACCCAGCUUCGGGAACAAUUUGUCAUGGUCCUCGGAGGGACACACAUCGACCAUUAGCAAGCACCCAGCUGUACUUCGCAGCUGCGCUUCAGGCAUGUUUCACUGCAACAAUGGAAGGAAGAGUAGGGCGACCCUUGAAAAUGUGUUAUGGCAAGCUUUCAGUAAUAGGCCAGGCGUUAUGGGCUGGCUGUAAAUCCCAUCAUGGACGGGUCGGCUUGGAAAGCAAAGACAGAUUCAUGGCGUUCAGGCAAGCUGUCGGAGAUGUUUUCGACUUGCGACAUAUCACAGCGCUGACAUGACAUGCAGCGGGCGAUGGGCGAAAGCAUUGAAGUAUCCUCAAGGCGGAGACGCUCAGGGGAACAUCGGCUGGACGAAAUCCCGCACUCUCGUACUAUUGGCUAUAGAAAUAUGGCUGUUGGUCGCAUUGACUGAGGGGGUUUCGUUCCUACACGCUUGACGGCUUGUCCGAAGCUUGCCAACAUGGGUCGGUCGCUUGGUAGACUGCACGGAUUGUUAUUUGUUAUUACCUUAUGGACUUCUCCACUUUACUUCCCCAUAUCUACAGGUUCGUGACGGCACUUGUGCAAAAGACUCUCACUUCGACUCUUUCACAAUUGGCGUGUGGCAGGCGGCAUAAAGCACUGUUCUCCUCCCACGAUUCUUGACAUAGCUACAUAGCCACUUCUCCUACCUUACAGUAGCUACUAGGUACAGUGGCAUCCACAAAUCGUAAGAAUCUUAGCACCCAUAGCCUCAACACUACCAAGGUAGAAUGGCUAUGAUAAGUACCUGCAUCCGUACGGGAUUCAUACAUGGUAGCUUCCAGCUGGGCAUGACAGAUGGGCUCCUGCUGGAGAUGCGGUGGUAGGCACAGGUUCUACGUACAUCAUGUAGUAUUACAGACUGGAAAC